ACUAGUACUGCGUUGGUAUCAAAUCGCCUACGAAUUUUGGUCAUAAACCCUAGACUAGAUUAGUUCUCUUAACCAUUAAUUUUAGUGAGUGAAAAAGCUGCUCAGAAGAAAUGCUUGGCGAUGGAGGCGAAACCCCCUCAAGGUGUGAAUUGUUAAGCAUGGUGAAGAAGCACUCCAACUUGAUAGGGAAAACGGUAGUUGAGGAGCAAGAUGCUCCUGAUGUCGAAAUGGAUAUGAAGUUUUGGCAUGAUGUCUUUGAUUUGUACUUUGUCCGUGGCAAGGAGUCAAGGGGACGCCAAGAUGAUGAUCUCGUUUUCUUUGUCAGAAAACUGGGUUCCCAAGGUUCUGGUAAUGCAGAUAGUGUAGAUCCUUAUUUUGUACGCAGGUGGGCACCUAAGUUGAGCAACUUAAUUGACGAAACUUCUAUAGAUGUGGACUGGAGGCGUUCAUUUUACUUGAAUUUAAUUGCUCAUACAUCAUUCAGUGUAACUGUUGCAAUUUGCAGUCACCAGGUUCUUCAGAACCAUCAAGCUGGGCAGGAUACACCUUUAUCCCCUAUUUAUAAGGUUGUGAAGACUGUUUAUGCAUCUCCAAGUCGCGUAAAUUUUCAAUUGGACUCUGAAAAGGAAGUGGAAACAACACCUGCUUAUCCAGAUAUUUGUUUUGCAAUUGAUGAUUUUGACUCCACAUUUGAUGCUGUGGUUUUGACUGAAAAAGAUCAUUGCUUUUGUGUUGUUCUUAACGCACAUGAUGGGGCAGCAUUUCCAAGGGAAAAGGUGUCCAAUGAUUGCAGUACUAGUGAUAACUCUUCUCUGGAAGUUGAUACAAGUUCUGCCAAGAAAAAGGAUACUAAGCUUACCCUUUUCUCAGGAUUUGUCAGCUAUCAGAUGGUUCGUGAUGCAUAUGAUGCUGGCAAGUCUCGAUUUGGGAGCCUUUUAUCAGUAGGCCAUUCUCCUGGCAAAGCAGAUAGGAUUUACAUGAAAGGUCCUGGAGGUCGAGGAGAAGUUGAAGUAGCUGUUUCUGGCGUUGCAGAUCAAAGCCAGCUGGAUUCAGGCCCAUCUUCUCCAGUUAUAUCCAAGAAAGGGUUCGGGCUUGGCGUAAUUGUCCGCAGAGCAGCAUCCGUUGCUUCAGUAGCAGCAAGGCAUGCUUAUGCAGCUGCCUCUGCCUCUGCCUCCAGCUCAAAUUUUGAUGAAAUGAUACCUUUGAAAUGCAGCUUAAUGUCCAUAUCAUUGCCCUGGGAGUAUAUAGCGUAUGAUCUUCUGUUUAAGGGAGCUCCUCCAGUGAACAUGUGACCAAUGUAUCUGUGGGCGCAAUGAAAAUCGAAAUGGAGAUGAUAUCUGUGAGCACACAAUGUCUUGAGUUAUGAAAUUCGUUUCAUUCUGACAGUGGUCUUUGGUACAUGCUGCACGUGCAUGCGCAGAAGUGUGCAUAUUUGGUAUUGGGUUGCGUAUCCCGCGGUAAUUUGUUGAAUCUGGUUAUAAAUGUUGAUAAAUAUAUAUUAGUAGGUAUAUAUGUUGGAUUAUUGCUAUUGCCACACUACCACUUACCAGGUUCGUGUUAAGGUAAGCUCUUUUUUUAAAAAAUAAAAAAUAAAAAAUAAAUUUGUUUGUCCCUUCUAGCCAAUUCUUACGGGAGGAUAAUGCAAAAGAAAUUAGUCUCGGGUCAAAGAAGCUGAACUACACGCGGGCAGCGCUUGCCACUAGAAAAUGGGACUUUUAAUAGGGAGGACAGGUAGAUGAAUUUAUUUAUUAAAAAGGUAUUUAAUCACUUUUUUUAGUGUUAAUCUUUAUAAUUAACAUCAUCCAUUGCUCCUGGUCCUGGUGACUUAAAUCCAAGCCAUAGCUAAUGUGGGUGGAAGGUUUAUUCAGCUGUGCCAACCUUCGUUGGUUGAUCCAUAUAUUUUUAUUUUAUUAUUUUAUGUUACUAUUCAAAUAUUUUAUCUUUUCGAUAACAAAAGUUUAUUAUAUUACUUGUUUGCUUAAUUAUUAGUAUUGUCUUGCUCUAUAAUGCAGCGGUUCUUCCAUGCAAGUUAUUCUACUGAGAGUAAUAAUAUUACUACCGAAUAUUAUAUCAGUAGCUUUUGAGAAAAUCAAUAGGUAGUGUGUGUUUUUUAUUUGCAAGCAUCUAAUGAUGGGAAAUAAGUAAAUUUUUAUGGCAUCUUUCAAAAUUACCAUUUUACAUUAGUUCAUGCAGAUGAUUCAUGAAUUGCUAUUUCUUCUGCUAAAUCAAAAAGAAAUUAACUGGAAAAUAAUUAGUUGAAUAACGAUCAAAAUAGAUUAUCACUUGAACAAGUUUAACAAUGGCAAAUAAGGGAUGUAAAUAGGUUA